AUGUUUCCGGGCGUGUUUCUUACCAUUACGCUCGGACUGAUCACCAUUUUCACCAGUUAUCUCGUGGGACAAGUCAAGCUGGCUUAUCCCCAAGUCUCCCACUAUGCUGACGCGGGAAGACUCUUGUUUGGACGAUUCGGUUAUGAACUCCUCGGCGCUGCUAUGGUUCUCGAACUCGUCAUGUCAGUGGGCUCACACGCAUUGACUGGCAGCAUUGCUCUCAGCACCCUCAAUGGGAAUCACGUCUGUUCCAUCGCGUUUUCGGCUGUGUCGGCUUUCAUCCUGUUUCUCUUGGCCAUCCCGCCCUCCUUCACCGAGAUUGCUAUCCUUGGCUACAUUGACUUCGCGUCAAUCAUUAUUGCGAUUGGCAUAACAAUAAUUGCCACGGGAAUCAAGGCGAGAGAUGCACCAGGCGGACUUUCUGCGGUCGAAUGGUCUGCAUGGCCCCAAGAGGGAGUCACAUUCUCCGAGGCUUUCGUGGCCGUCAGCAACAUCAUCUUUGCCUUCAGUUUCGCGAUUGGCCAGUUUUCUUUCAUGGAUGAGAUGCAUACUCCUAAGGAUUUCAUGAAGUCAAUCUGGGCCUCUGGAAUUGCUCAAAUCGUCAUCUAUACCUUGACCGGCGCCCUGUGCUAUGCAUUUAUCGGGCCGUCUAUCCAGUCUCCCGCUUUAUUAUCGUCCGGUCCUCUUAUUUCCAAGAUUACGUUUGGCGUUGCGCUGCCCGUUAUCUUCAUCUCUGGCUCUAUCAACUCGACAGUGGCGCUUCGAUACCUACAUGGACGACUUUGGAAGAAGUCAAUCAUUCGAUAUGUCAAUACGCCUAGGGGCUGGGCUUGCUGGAUUGCGCUUGCAGCGUUCCUGACGAUCGUCGCCUGGGUUAUUGCCGAGGCCAUUCCCAUCUUUUCCGACCUCCUUUCCCUCGUUUCGGCCCUCUUCGUCACUGGGUUUUCUUACUGGAUUCCUGCCAUCAUGUGGUUCAGAUUGCUUUGCAAAGACAGCUGGUUCUCUCGAAAGAAUAUUCUCAUAACCCUUGGAAGCAUACUGGCAUUCAUCAUCGGGGCUGUGGCUCUUGUGGCUGGUACCUACGCCACCAUCGAUGAUCUUAUUCGAGAAACUUCCAACGGAAGCACCACACGGCCAUUCUCAUGCCGACGCUGA